AUGAGACCAGGAUUUGAAUCUAUUGCUGAAGCUAUUUUUUCACUGUAUAUCCAAGGUUACUCUGGGGACGUUAAGAGAGAGAUCACUAGUGUAUUAUACCACGAAAGUUCUCACAUUUGGCAGUGGAAUGGAAAUGGUAAGGCUCCUGGAGGAUUAAUUGAAGGGAUUGCUGAUUAUGUGAGGCUCAAAGCUGGUCUUGGUCCAAGCCACUGGGUGAAACCAGGUCAGGGUGAUCGGUGGGACCAAGGCUAUGAUGUGACUGCUCAAUUUCUUAGUUAUUGCAACAGUUUAAGAAAUGGAUUUGUGGCACAACUUAACAAAAAAAUGAGAAAUGGUUAUAGUAAUCAGUUCUUUGUUGACUUACUAGGAAAGACAGUUGAUCAACUUUGGAGUGAUUAUAAAGCUAAAUAUCGCAAUUAA